CAAGACUCUGUGACUGUGAUUCUGUAACUUUAACUGUGGGUUUGUUUUGUUGUUCUUGUUGUAACAAAGGUUAAAGAUUUAACUCAGCAAAUUAAUGGUGUAUUCCACGGAUAAACACGCCAGAGUUUGUUAUUUUGCAAUAUAGCCUAUAAUGAUGAGUAAUCUAAAAGAUAUUCUAAAAUUACAUUUGCAAGCAAAUAACUCAAAUUCCAGUGUCCAUAAAAGUGAAAGAAAAUCAGAAGAAGAAUAUUUUUUGGAGUUUUACAAUCAAUUGAAUCCAAAGAAAAAUGUUGUUGAUGAUCAGUCUUAUUCAGCAAUUCCAAGAUUCUAUUAUAAGGUACCUAAAGAAGAGGAGCUUUUGCCACACAAACUUCGGGAAGAUGCACGGGCAAUGUUUCUACAAAUGAGAACUCGCCAACUCCCAGACAAUAAUGAACUUAAGGCACUUUGGAUUCUUCUUGACAAACAUCAUUCUCCACCUCCAUCUAAUGAAGAGCAAAUGAUUAACUAUGAAAACUUCUGUAAAGUAGCCAAGCUUGUUGGACAGAAAUGCAGGACCUACUUCACUCCCGUAGUGUUUGCCAAGCUGCAGCAGGAUGACCCUUGUGGUAGGGUCAGCAUCACGGCAUUGUUCAACUAUGUCAUGAGGAAGGUUUGGUUGCAUCAGACAAGGAUUGGUCUCUCACUCUACGAUGAAACUGGACAUGGGUAUUUGAGAGAACCUGACCUUGAAAACUAUAUUCAAGAUCUUAUACCAACACUACCACAACUGGACGGCCUGGAUAAAUCGUUUCACAGUUUUUACACCUGUACUGCUGUCCGCAAGUUUUUCUUUUUCCUGGACCCACUCCGCACUGGCAGAGUUAGGAUUCAGGACAUUCUUGCUUGCAGCUUUCUCGACGACUUACUUGAGUUACGAGAUGAAGAAUUAACCAAAGAUGUGCAGUUAGCUAAUUGGUUUUCUGCUCCUUCAGCACUAAAAGUCUAUGGCCAGUAUCUAAAUUUGGACAAGGAUCAUAAUGGAAUGAUAAGUAAAGAAGAAUUGGCUGGAUAUGGAACUGGUACUUUAACCAAAGUAUUUUUAGAGAAAGUUUUUCAAGAAUGCCUUACUUAUGAUGAAGAAAUGGAUUACAAAACAUACCUUGAUUUCGUCUUGGCUCUGGAAAACCGCCAUGAACCUCAGUCUCUCCGAUACUUGUUUCGGAUACUUGAUAUAAAAAACCAAGGAUACUUGGAUACAUUUAGUCUAAACUACUUUUUUAGGGCAAUACAGGAACAAAUGAGUGAGCAUGAACAAAACCCCGUUUCUUUUCACGAUGUGAAGGAUGAAAUGUUUGAUAUGAUAAAACCUGUUGAUCCAACUAAAAUAACUUUGCAAGAUCUUUUAAACAGUGGACAAGGAGAGACGCUGGUAAGCAUUUUGAUUGACCUGAACGGGUUUUGGACUUACGAAAACAGAGAACAAAUGGCAGCAGAAACAGCCGAUACUUCAGGAGAUGUGUGAGAGACUGGUCAAUAUCUCAAGGUUACAAAGGAUACUAACACCAAGUUUGCUACACUGGAUAUACCUAUUGAACAGGACAUGCAUUUUUUUAGCAAUGGAUCAAACUAAACAAGAUCAAUAAAGUUGUAUUUGAAAAUA